UACGAAUCUAAGAUCGAGUCACUGCAUGAAAACGAAAUAGGAAUUAAUUCACAUAAACUGAUGUAAAUACUUAUCAGAACUGUGGAUUCUCACGUCCGAUUUCUACUUAAACAAAUCUCAAAAUGAAUCGGCAAAGAUCGGCGAAUGCUGGGAUUGAUAAUAAAGUGUAUCGUGAGACGGUUGCAAGAAUGCGUCAAGAAGUUUUAGAAAGUAAAGCAGAGACCCAAAAAGUCCAGGACCAAUUGAACUGCCUGAUACAUCUUGUCAAAAGGGCAUGGCUCGGAGAUCAAGCCGCUGCCAUUCAUGUUGCUAACAUUAUUGGUGUCGCACCCCCAGACACCGUACCAAAACAAACAUUCCAUACUGAGAUACCAUCAACUACAUUCAUUACACAACCAAAGCCUCGUGCCAUCAACAACUGGGCCAUGUUGACUAUAGGAUUACUUAACAAGUUCUAUAAACAGUUAGAAAGAGAAGCAGAAGAAGAGGCCAAGAGACACCUCACAACAAGAAUAGAUUAUUUAGAGGAGUUAUUGAUACACCAUAAAAGUAUGUUAGGCAUUCCAGUUACAAUGAAACCCAGAUCUGUAGGUGAUGUUGAUAGAGAAUUUAUUCAGCAAAGACUGCGAGAUCAGAAAUUUCGGGAAACAGGAGAAAAAGACAAACAUUUAAAAAGGAGGAACCCAGUACACCACCAUUUAUACCGUCCCGCAUCAGGAAAAUCAAGUAACGAGAACAUUGAGAUGGAUGCAGAAACAGUAGAUUUCUUUGUACAUCCACAAAACCAGUCCAAGGUUGCUAAUGGAAACUCUGAUGAUAAAAUUAGGCAUGUUAGUUCAGAGCGAUAUGUCCAGCCUGGUUUGUUUGAUACAGGUGACAUUAUACCAGAUAGAAAGGUUGGAAAAAGACCCGCUAGUGCAAAAGUACAGCAGCAAUCAGAUUCCAUGAGAGCCAGACCUAAAAGUGCAGUGUUGCCUAAAUCGGAAAGACCACUGAAAUACGAAACCACAAGACCCAUCUCUGCUAAAGUCAGCUCAACAACAACAGCAAACCGUGCGAAGUCGGGGAAAGGGAACCGAACGAAUGAAGAGAAGAAGAAAAAAUCUGUCCUUUAUUUUCCCGUGGAAACGACCAAUCAGUUUGCUCACAAUGAUACAGUGUCAGACGAUCUGAAAAAAGUACAGCAAAUGGAAGAGGAAUUCCGGCAAAGAGCAAAGGUGCUUCAGCAAAAAUUAGGAAUAUCAAAUGAUGGGGCAAUAUAAGUGAGAAGUGGAACAGUAUUAUGAGCAAUUUAUACACAUAAAAAUAGGAAUGCCUGAAAAAUAGUGCAUUCCUCCAUAGAGGGCGCUGCACAGAAUCAGACGUCACAUUACUUUGUGUGCACUUGGUGAAUGUAAAGAUUAUGACAUGAAUACGGCUGGUACAUAUUGAUU